AUGGCCAAUUUGGUCAAUUUAGUCAAUUUGUUCAGUUUAGUCAAUUUGGUCAAUUUAGUCAAUUUGGUCAAUUUAGUCAAUUUGGUCAAUUUAGUCAAUUUGGUCAAUUUAGUCAAUUUGGUCAAUUUAGUCAAUUUGGUCAAUUUGGGCAAUCACCCCAAUGUCAAAUUUCAUUACAUUUCAUUUGUUAUUCCUCUUAUUUGA